UCUUGUCACCCAAUAUUUUAUAUCAACAACAUGGAACCCAGAAACCAAACGGAUGUAUCAGAGUUUCUUCUUCUGGGAUUGACCGAGGAUCCAGAACUGCAGCCCAUACUCUUCUGCCUAUUCCUGCUCAUGUACCUGGUCACCAUCUUGGGAAACCUGGUCGUUAUCCUGGCCGUCAGCUCGGACUCCCACCUCCACACCCCCAUGUACUUCUUCCUCUCCAACCUGUCCUUUACUGACAUCUGUUUAAGCACAACCAUGAUCCCAAAGAUGCUGGUGAACAUCCAGGCACAGAAUCGGCACAUAAGUUACACAGGCUGCAUCACCCAGAUCUGCUUUGUCUUGGUUUUUCUUGGUUUUGAAAAUUUUCUCCUUGCAGCAAUGGCCUAUGACCGCUAUGUUGCCAUUUGUCACCCACUGAGGUACACGGUCAUCAUGAACCCCUGCCUCUGUGGAUUGUUAAUUCUACUCCCCUUGUAUGUUAGCAUCAUGGAUGCCCUCCUCCACAGUAUGAUGGUGUUGCAAUUGUCCUUCUGCAUUGACUUGGAAAUCCCCCACUUUUUCUGUGAACUUGCACAGGUCAUCAAGCUUGCAUGUUCUGAUUCCUUCAUCAAUACCCUCUUGGCUAAUUUUAUGGCUAGUACACUGAGUGGUAUUUCUCUCUUUGGGAUCAUUUUCUCUUAUACUAAAAUUCUAUCUUCACUUUUAAGAAUGCCAUCAGCUGGCAGAAAUUAUAAAGCCUUUUCCACCUGUGGGUCUCAUCUCUUAGUUGUUUCCUUGUUCUAUGGGACAGGAUUAGGGGUGUACAUUAGUUCUGCAGUUACUGACUCUUCCAGAAAGACUUCAGUAGCUUCAGUGAUGUACACUGUGGUUCCUCAAUUGAUGAACCCCUUUAUUUAUAGCCUGCGUAACAGGGAUAUGAAGGAAGCCUUGAGAAGAAUCAUCAGGUAG